CAGCACCGGGGGAGGAAGGUGGCAGAGAACAGAGGCAAGGAUGGAAGCCCACAGCACCCAGCUCAUGCUUCUACUCGCCAUUCUCCAAUUCCCAGGCGCUGCUCAAUUUCCUGCGCAAGAUCCCCCCAACCAGCUGCACGGGAUUCUUGGCGGGUCAGUCUUGUUUCGCCUAAAUGUACCCCCCUGGAAAAGAGUGGACGAGGUUGAAUGGAAAUUCACCCCACAGGGGGUCAGCCACUCCUGGUUGCCGAAUUCGCCGAGGAGAAGCUGAGGAAACCACACCCAAGCAACAGUUUUGGACCACGGGUAGAAAUGGUUGAUGAGACCACGCUGAAGAUGAAAGACCUGACGAUGGCGGACUCUGGAGUGAUGGAUGCCCGCGUGAGGUUUGCUUCCUCAGUGAUUGUGGAGUCCUUCUUCAACCUCAUAGUCCAUGAGCCGGUGCCGUCGCCACAAAUAAACCACCAGAUCGUUUCCAGCACUGCCAACCGAUGUAAUGUGACGCUGCAUUGUCGGACGUCUGGAAAGUCAGAUUUGCAUUUUUCUUGGGAAAACAGAAACCCGCUCAGGACCUCAGAAGCUUUAGAGUGGUAUCGCCUCACCAAUGACGACAAGGAUCUUCACCUGUCAUGGCGGCCAAACACCUCCGAUUCCACUUUCACCUGCCUGGUCAGCAACCCAGUUGAUCAGAAGAACAUCUCGUUUGAUGUGUUCAACAUCUGUCAGGAUGAAGCUCAAGAUGGAUGUAGCUGCUUCUCCUGGGUGAGGACCGCCAUGGCCGUGGGGCUGGGCCUCCAGGUUGCCACCAUCAUCUCGUUAAACGUUCUGGAAAGGAAAGUUGGAGACCAGUGUUGAGUCGGCGUAGAACCACGAACCGCUAACAUGGAGCCCAUGGGCGCCCACCAGUAAUUACUAUGGUGGCCUCUGCAAUAGGUUUUGAUAAAGAUCUCCUUUUUGAAAAGCCACAGGAUGUGAGGGACUGUUUGCUCUUCCUGCUUGCAGUGGCUCAGACUCUCUUGCCACAACUCUGCCACGUUUGAGAUCGGACCCCCCCCCGGCUACUCCCUUCCAUUCCAGACAGAGGAGAGGCGCCAAGAGCUUUCCUCUAAGAGCAUCGUGGUGGCGGCUGAAGUACGUGCUUUUCUUUCCAUUGGAGGAGGUGGCUGAUGCUCCUUAUUAGCUGUGACAACCAUUUUGUGCCACAUCCCAUAUCCCACGGCAGCCAUUUUGUGCUAUAUCCCGCACCCCACAGUAGCCAUUUUGUAACUGGCAGCUACAAAAUUUCAAAUCCACCCAACGCCCAAAAAUGUUUGCCGACCCCGGUGUGGUUGGUUGAAAAAGACACCCUGUCCGGUUUGCAAAGCAGCCACUGCUUGCCUACAUUAAAGAGAGACUCUUUCCCUCCCCCACAUGGCAAGAAACAACAAAGCUUCCCCUGUUGGGAACCUCCAGAUUGCCCUUUAAAAGCAUGCCUACUGAACAGGAAUACCACAUUGGAUUGAAAACUUUCUCAUGUUUGUUACUGUAUGAGAUGGUGAUGUUUAGUGGUUUUAGCCAAUUGGUUGGUCCAGUAGGUGAGAGAUAGUGGUGGUGGUGGCAGUUGGAGUCCAA